CCACUGAGUUCAUAGUUUACAUAACAAGUCCCAUGUCUUGCAACCGCUGUUCACAGUCCAGCAGCACACCCGCCAACUUUCUUUUACGGUGCAGAAACUGCCACAAAUACUGGCAUCAUAGAUGUCACCCCCCUCCUCUCGAAAGCGAUGAACUCAUUCAGCUCGUCUGCUCCCAAAAUGCAGGCGAUCGUGACAAUGGCCUCGAUGGUUGGAUAUGCAAACGUUGUAGUAAGAAGAAGAAUCAGGCAGCUGAAACCAGCAGCAAAACUGCGGCUCAAUCGCUGAGACCAAGACCGGACGACAACCAACAGCCACCACCCUCCGUUCAGGUGCAAGAAUCGCUGGGGCUUGUACUUCCGAAGGACAAGGGAAAAAUCGAUCCGAACGUUGCAACUCGCGGCAGUGGGCCAGCAGGACUCAGUAUCGAAACAACCACCCAUAUACUCCAUACCGCUGAACGCACACGACACAAUGACCACGGCAGUCAGCACCAACAACAUCAGGACAAUCAUACAGAUAGUCAGAUGAGAAAUAUAGAUAAUCAUAAACUUCCGACAACUACAGUUAAAAGGCUCCAAGUGAAACGUGUGCUCCAAGAGCAACACCUUGAUGGUCCUAGAGCGGACCGUGACUAUCCUCAUAAAACGAAGCUCUAUCUAGAUCAGCCCGCUAUGCCCCCCAAGUACGCCCGUGCUCCAGAUGGAAAGAAGGUCGUCUCGUCCGGGUACCCACCAGGAGUGGAGCAGCCUAAAGAAGAAAACCGUUUAAAUCCUUCACUCAUAGAAAAACCUGUCGCAAGAAAAGAAGAUACGCCUCCCUCUCGCUCUGUUACUUUGUUCUCCGAAAGGGUUUGCUCUCCAUUCACUUCACUGCCUGUUAAAGAAGAGGAACAUAUUCACUAUGAUUCGGUGGUGAAGAGUCCUGGGGGAAACGGGCAGGAAGUGGGUACUCAUACAGAUACUCCUUCAGGAACCCCCGUUGAACAUGGCGACGUCCACAUGAAGGAUGACAGUGAUGAUCUCUACGGACCUCCUGUCCCACAGGAUAAUGGCUCUACUCCUGUUCUAUCCAGUUCGAGACCGUUUAACGAGCAGCAAGGAGUUUUUCAAUCGCACCAUCAACUCGAAGGCCAGAGCAGCCUCAAGCAAACACCAAAGGCAGAAACACAACCAUUGUUGGGCCCUGAUUGGUUGAAAGCUCGAUACUCGGUUGCCGAUGAUCCAUGGCGCUGUCUUUGCGAUCCACGGCGCCGAAUGCAUGGUGUCAGUAAUAGAUGCAAGAAACCUACAGCUAAGUUUCUUGGUGAUCCGGUGCAAUCAGUGGCGACAACGGAUAGAGAACUACUCGGUUUUUUUUUCUGCCGCGACUGGAUUCAGCAGACACAAGCCAGUAUUUAAUACCCCCAUGAUUGGAAUCCAGAUAAUCGACACAUUACCAGUACUGGUAACAUGAAUAACUUCAUACAACUUCAUACACGUAAUAGUUCUCGUAUACAGUUGUACUAAUG